UCUCCCCGACGCCCCGCAGUUGUGCUGCGCCGCCAGCGAAAGCAAGACGUGCGUAUUGUACUGGGUGAUUUAUACCCACUGCCAUUAAAAUUACAUUCUAUGUACUUAAUAUUGUAAUGUGUUGGUAAAUAGACAGAAUAGUGUGUUGGUAUUGUUUUGAAGUGAAGUUUUAAAAGGAUUUUAACGUGUGUCUUACGUAAGCGGUUUUGAGUCGGCGUGUACCGGCGCGACGCAAAGCCGCCAUCUUAAUUUUAUUGAUCUCAUCCUCGCAUCUCAUCUCUCCUCACCAUGGCGAGCACAUCAUCAAAGAAACAAACAAUGAUGUUUGGAUUCUGCGAAGCUUUACUAGAAGAAGAUACAAGCAACUAUGACUACAAUAACGACGACUAUCGCCGCCAUACAGGAGGCGCUGAUAGUGACACAGAGCAGGAACUAAGUGAUGACGACAGCAAUCGUGAUGCCCAUGUAUUCGUACAAGAGAAUGAGAAGGAAGAUAUAAUCUAUACAGGUAAAGACGGCACAACACUUUGGUUUUCCAAUCCCAAACAAGCCAAAGUUGAAUACUUGUCCAUCAAACCAUCCAUACCAGGCGUAAACCCAUUCGCAAAAAAUGCCAAAACAGAAGUAGAAUGCUGGAAACUAUUCUUCAAUGAUGAUAUACUUGAAGAUAUUCUUAAUUACACUAACGAAGAAAUCACUUCGAAGACGUUUGCAGAAAAUCAUAACACACGAGUCCAUAUUGUGAAGGAAACUUCUAUGGAUGAGAUUAUGGCUUUACUUGGACUCAUGUAUAUAACUGGGCUGAAUAAUUCUACUGGUUACAACUUGACUGAUUUGUGGCGGUCAGACGGUACGGGUGUAGACAUUUUUAGAAUGACAAUGUCAUUGCAACGGUUCAAUUUCCUCCAAGGCUGUUUGCGUUUUGAUGAUGCUGCAACUCGCGCACAGAGAUCCGCAGUAGACAAUCUUGCCCUAGUCAGAGCCAUCUUUGAUAAAUUCGUUGGGAACUGCCAGAAAGCGUAUAAUCCAAGUCAUUUCCUCACAUUAGAUGUAAAGUACAUACCUUUUAGAGGCGAAUGUCCUUUCCGACAAUUUAUGCCAAAGACUUCAGCAGCUUAUGGAAUUAAAAUGUACUCAUUAGUAGACGCUAAAGAUUUUUAUACUAUCAAUAUGGAAAUAAAUGCAGGUAACCAACCAUCUGGACCGUAUGUAACAAGCUACGAACCUGUGGACAUAGUUGAUAGAUUAGUGAGACCAGUCAGUAAUACUGGUAGAAAUAUAACCUUCGACAAUUAUUUCACAAGUAUACCUCUAGUCACACAUUUGCUGCAAGAACACAUGCUUACAUGUACAGGAGCAUUGAGGAAGAAUAAAAAAGAAAUCCCGUUCAGUUUCUUGACAACCCAACCCAGAGGUGUAGGGUCAUCACGAUUUGGUUUCCAGAAGCAUAUGACUUUGGUAUCUCAUGUGCCAAAAAAAUCCAAAAUUAUUCUCUUGCUCUCAUCUUAUCACCAUGACAAGACUUUUGAUAUCACAAAAUGUGGUGACAAACCGAAGCCAGAAAUGAUAACAUUUUACAAUUCCACAAAAACUGGCGUGGAAAAUGUUGAAAGGCUGUGCAAAAUGUACGAUGUCAGGAACUAUUGUAAGAGCUGGCCGUUAUUGAUACUCUUCACAAUGCUCAACAUAGCUGCAUUGAACAGUUACAUAGUUUACAUGGCAAACAAUGAAAAUUCUAAAUUGAGAAGGUCUGAGUACGUUAGGAAACUCGGUCUAGCGCUCGUGAAGCAACAUUUGAAGACAAGGACAGAUAAGAAUAAUUUGCCUCGUGAACUAAGAAAGAGGAUUUUUGAACAAGUGGGGGAACCGCUUCUGGAUCCCCCUGCGAGUGAUGUGAAGCCGUAUAAACGAUGCCGAGACUGUCCAUCUUCUAAGGAUCGGAAGACUAAGUACUGUUGUCUUGAAUGCAAGAAGCCAAUAUGCUUGCAACAUGUCAUUACUAUGUGCCAGAAUUGUACUUCUCUUGCAAUUGAUUAGUUUAAAAUUGUAUUAUGUAUAGUAGGUUUAAAUAGUAGAAGUAAAAUGUCAAAGUUCUUUAAUAAGUGUUCUUUAAAUAAAAAUGCAAUAAUAAUA